GAGCUCACUCUGCGCAUGUGCACGUCCCGACACGCUUGCUGCCGAACGACCCCUCCGGCCUAAAAGGAGCAACAUCUUCCCGUCUUUGGGUCGGUGCUGAAGCCAAGGCUGCCCACUGGAGACCCAGAAUUGCAACCUGCGGAGCAGCUCCUGGCAGCCUGUCCUCAAAUUCCCAGGGACAUGAUUGUGAAGUGAAUGCAGACAGAAUGUCACCAUGUGGGAAAUAUAUACUGGGAUUUGUGGAUUCUCAGAGUGAGGCCCUUGAACCUUACUGAACUGUCCAGGCUGUUUCCAUUCUCAAAAGAAUAGUCUGAUAAUGUAACGCAGUGCUGGCCAGUAGAAAGAUAAUGCAAACCAAAUGUAAUUAAAUUUUUUUCAGUAUGAGCAGUAAAAAUUAAAAGGGUGAAGUUAAUUUUACUGGUGUAUUUAAUUAAGUACAUCCAAAAUAUUAUUUAGACUUGUGUCACUAGCCACACUUCGGGUGGAGUAGUUGAACGCAGCUAAUGGCUCCAUACUAGAUAGUACAUUUCUAGUGAAUGCCCAAAGAGAUUUUGAGUGUUAGGUGAAGGUUUCAAAUAAAGUGAAUUUGUUUCUCUGGCCCCUCUGGGGCAAAGUAGCUCUUUUAAAACAGGAAAGAACAAAUGCCACUUGGCAGAACAGCUCUUCUGACAGAGCUUCAGAGCAGAGGCAAAAAGUUCUAGAAAGGAGAGGGUUCUGAGUUGCUCCACCAGAAGCAGUUCUUGAUCCCUGUAUAGCAUGAGUCAGAUUUGGUCAGUCAGACUUGAUGAUGUUGUUGCAUCUAGAAGCCAUCACAGACUGUGACAGUGGACACUUGUGGACCAACUUGCAGAAGGUGGUAACCUGGGAUUGAGAGGUAUGGGUGACUGUCAAGCUACACAGGAAAAGGUACUUUACUGGAUGGCUGGUAAGGACAUGAUGUCCAGGGAAGGUAUAAGCAGCCAGAGUUGAUGAAAUCCUAAACAGCACCCCAUUUCCUUCAUUUUCCCCUCUUUUCAGAUUCUGAGCUGCUCUCACACCAUGAGCAUUAGAUGCCACAUUUGGUGAUGGACGUUAACAUAGAGAAUUUUUUCUAUGUAUUUGAACAUAGAGAAUAAUAAAAUGGUAGUAGAAGAAGGGUUUUCUAUAUUGGACACUUUUGGAAGCCCCAAAAUACUGAAAUGAAUGUUUUUUGUAGAGUCACCAGGGCAGAACCAAGCACAAUGAUAUUUACUUACACAGCUGAACCUUCACAGUUCUUUACAUUUUUCCAGAAGUAGUAGAAAAUGAACACAGCUCAGGGAUCAGUGUCAUUCGAAGAUGUGACUGUGGAGUUCACCCAGGAUGAAUGGCAGUAUGUAGGCCCUGCUCUGAGGACCCUGUACAAAGAUGUGAUGCUGGAGAACUACAGUCACCUCGUCUCAUUGGUUGUUACAUUUGCAGGGUACUGCAUUAUCAAACCCCAGGUGAUCUUCAAGUUGGAGCACGGUGAAGAGCCCUGGCCCUCAGAGGAAGAAUUCCUAAACCAGAAGUACCCAGGAUGUUACAGAGUUGAUGUCCAUAUUGAGGAGAACCAGGAAAGACAAGAGAAACCUCUGUGGCAAGUAGUAUUCACUGAUAACAAAAUAUUGAGUAAAGAAGAGCAGAAAGCUUUAGAGAAACCAUUUUAUUUCAGUAUAACUCCAGAUUUUUCAGGAAAAAUGCCCUCUAAACGUGACUCAUGUAGAAUGAAUUUGCCGGUUGUUUCUGAAUUAAUUCUUAGUGAUAGGAAUUAUUCACGAAACAAGACUGACUACAUAAAUGUAUGUGAGAAGUUGCAGCUGGAUAUUCAGCGUGAGAAAACUCAUACUGGAGAGCAGUGUUACAAAUAUAAUGAAAACAUGAAAGCUCUCAGUUAUGUGAAAGAUCAUCAUAAAUUUCAAACUCUGGAGCAAUCUUUUGAAUGUAAUGAAUAUGGAAAAGUUUUACAUGAUAAGACCAUCUGUGUUACAGCUAAGAGUUUAGUAAAAGGAGAGGAAUCCUGUAAGGAUAAUGAAUUUAGGGGAAAUUGUGAUAAAGCAGCUCUUUUUAACCACAUGAGAACUGGCACAAGGAAGAAAUGCUUUGAUCUUAAUGAAUGUGGUAAAUCCUGUGAAUACAAUGAGGUUCACAUGGCUUUGGCACACUAUGAAUGUAAUGAAAGUGGGAAUAACUUCAGUGGGAAUUCACCCCUCACUCAGCCUCAGAGAACUGUUACAGGACAAGGUGCCUUUGAAAGCAGUAAGUGUGAAGAAAACUUGAGCCAGAGCUCAGGCCGUAUAGUACAUCAGAAGACACAAACUAGAGAUACAUUCUGUGUUUAUAAUGGAUUUACAAACACCAUCUACCAGAAGUUAGACUUUACAGUACAUCAGAGAAUUCACAAAGAAGAGAAAUUCUAUCAAUGUGAUAAAUACGAGAAAUCCUCCUAUCAGAACUCAGCCCUCAGUGUACAUCAGCAGUGUGACACAGGAGAGAAGUCAUUUGAACUUACUGAAUGCAGGAAAUCAUUUUACCAGAAAGCACACCUCAUUCAGCAUCAGAGGACCCACCCAGGGGAGAAACCUUAUGAAUGUGAGGAAUGUGGGAAAUCCUUUUGUUCAUAUUCACAUCCUAUUCAUUAUCCUGGAACUCAUAUGGGAGUCAAUCUGUAUGAAUGUAAUGAAUGUGGGAAAACUCUCGCUGAUAAUUCAACCCUCAGAGCACAUCAGAGAAUUCACACAGAGGAGAAACCCUUCAAAUGUAAUGACUGUGAGAGGUCUUUUGCCCAUAAUUCAGCCCGCAGAGCACAUCAGAGAAUUCACACAGGUGAGAAACCAUAUGAGUGUAAUGACUGUGAGAAAACUUUUGCCCAUAAUUCCACUCUCAGAGCACAUCAGAAAAUUCACACUGGGGUGAAACUCUACAAAUGUAAUGAAUGUGGGAAAACUUUUUCCCAGAAGACACGUCUUAGUACACAUCAGAGGAUUCACACAGGUGAGAAACCCUAUGGAUGUAGUGAAUGUGGGAAAACCUUCUCCCAGAAAUCAUACCUCAGUGGACAUGAGAGAAUUCACAAAGGGGAAAAACCUUAUGAAUGUAAUGAAUGUGGGAAAACUUUUGUCUAUAAGGCAGCCCUCAUUAUCCAUCAAAGAAUUCACACAGGAGAAAAACCCUAUGAAUGUAAUGAAUGUGGGAAAACUUUCUCCCAGAGGACACACCUCUAUGCACAUCAGAGAACUCACACAGGGGAGAAACCUUAUGAAUGUAAGGAAUGUGGGAAAACUUUUGCAGAUAAUUCAGCCCUCAGGGCACAUCAGAGAAUUCACAAAGGGGAGAAACCCUAUGAAUGUAGUGAAUGUGGGAAAACUUUCUCCAAGACAUCACACCUCAGAGCACAUCUGAGGACUCGCACAGGGGAGAAACCCUAUGAAUGUAAUGAAUGUGGGAAAACUUUCUCCCAGAAGUCGUAUGUUAGUGCACAUCAGAGAAUUCACACAGGGGAGAAACCUUACGAAUGUAACAUAUGUGGGAAACCUUUUGCCCAUAAUUCAACCCUCAGAGUACAUCAGAGAAUUCACACAGGUGUAAAAUCCUACAAAUGUAAUGAAUGUGGGAAAACUUUCUCUCAGAAGUCACACCUUAGUGCACAUCAGAGAAUUCACACAGGAGAGAAACCCUAUGAGUGUAAUGAAUGUGGGAAAGCUUUUGCCCAAAAUUCAACUCUUGGAGUACACCUGAGAAUUCACACAGGUGAGAGACCCUACAAAUGUUAUGAGUGUGGAAAAACCUUUGUCCGUAAGGCAGCUCUUAGAGUACAUCACACCAGAAUGCACUCCAGAGAGAAAACCCUUGCAUGUAAUGAAUUUGGGAUGUGCUAAGGGAAGUUACACCUUAUUAGUUAACACAGUAGAAAAGCUCAAGUCACAUAGACUGGCAAAUUAUUUUCCUUAACUGUUUCCUUUUCCACUGAGCACAUAGCUUGUCUUAGUUUCCCAAUUUUUCCUUCGUCUGGGUGGGGCUGGUCAUGGAGUAUGAUGCUAUUACAUUUAAGUAAUAAAUGGCCUUAAUAAGUCACCUUACAUUCUUCCUAUCCUGUGUUAUACUGGAAUUGAGAGAUUUCCAUGGCAGACUUGGGUGCUGUGUAUUAAAUAUGGCAGAGCACAAGGUGAAAGAAGCUAGAGUCAAUAACUGAGUGAAACAAUUCUCCACUGACAGAUCUUCACCAAUUGUUUUUUUUUGGUUUUUUUGUUGUUUUUUUAAGCCAGAAUUAAGUUUUUAUUCUGUUGAGCUCUUAAAGAUUUUGGCCUGUUGGUUAAAUGCAUAUAGCUUAGCCAACUGUCUGUUGAGUUGGAUGAAACCAAUGAAUAUAAUAAAUGUCAGAAGACCUUUAAGAAUUUAACCUAUAGGUUUGUAUCAGAGAUUUUUCAUGGGGAAGAAAACUUCUGUCAAUAUCCUAAAUGAUCAGAAGGCUUCAAUAAAAAUCAGAAAUCUCAGGGAAAAACACAAAAGUCUUUUCUGCAGAGUAAACUUCUUUAAACAUCAAAUAGUUAAGAUGAGACUAAAAUCUUAUAUUUUGAUAAAUGACAUUUUUAAACAAUUACUGAGUUUGCUUCAGAUAAAUUUUUUCUGAGGGAAUGUAUGAGUUUCAGAAUUGAAAAUAAAAUUCUCAGAACUGAUGUACCAAAAUUUGUGUUUUAUAUGUAAUAUCAAGUUUUAUAGAAACUAUAUAAGAAUAUAUUUUCCUGUACACAAACUUAUUAUGUAAUGUGAAGUUUUUGAGAUGGAGGGAUAACUUGAAUUCUGUGGACAACACCAAUAAAUAUUUGACUAGUCUCCGAGCUAUGUGGUACAUCUGUAUGAGUCUGUGUAACAGAGGAUUCAUUAUUGCUGGUGAGUUCUAGUAGAAGGCAGUAGCCAAACCUGCUCUGGACUGUUCCUUUCCUUUUUUUGAGUGACAGUCUGUGUCCUUCUGUUGGCUUUGCUCUAAAAGCUUGAUGCCAUAUAUAUGUAUCUAAUAUAGCCUGCCUGCUAUGUCUGAA